UCCGAAAACUACUUAUGAAGUCUGGGUAGCCGGUCCUCUCGUAUGGUCCACUAUGGCAAAGGAUUUCCCAGCUGCCGAUUUAGUGAUUAUUCUUUUGAAUUGAAGAUAAUUAACGUGAACAGGAGAACAAUGUUCCAAAGCAGCACACAGAAACACUUCUGGACUUUCAGCAAUGAGCAAGACAUUUAUACUCUCAGGAGAGAGGCAAACAGCACUUACAUUAAUCAACACAAAGGAGCAGCAAAGAGAAUGGGGCAAGAUGUCAAAUCCUUCUUUUUGUUGGCAGAGGAGGAACACAUAUUGUGUCGUCACUAUGAACAUCUCCUAAGAGAUUUCUGUCGGAGAUUUGAGCCACCCAUGCCACCUGCUGUUAAGGGAACAGCCUGUGCUUAUUUCAAAAGAUUUUAUCUGCGUAACACUGUUAUGGAUUACCAUCCCAAGUUCAUCAUGUUGACCUGUGUCUAUUUGGCCUGUAAGGUGGAAGAGUUCAAUGUAUCCAUCACUCAAUUCUGUGCCAAUCUCUCAUCUGACCAAGAGAGGGCAGCAGAGCUGAUAUUAGUCCAUGAACUGUUGGUUAUGCAGCAGCUAGACUUCCAUCUGACUGUUCAUAAUCCUCUCCGGCCGUUAGAGGGCUUUCUCAUUGACAUCAAGACUCGUUUCUCAUCACUGAGUAAUCCAGAACAGUUAAGGAAAUCUGCGGAUGAGUUUUUGCAGAGAUCUUUUGCAAGUGAUGUCUGUCUGCUAUAUACUCCAUCCCAGAUUGCUUUGACUGCAUUAGUGACAAGUGCAGCUAAACAGCGUGUCAACAUUGACAAGUAUGUGACAGACUUUCUUCUCAAGAGCUCUGAUAAGAAGGAACUACGAGACCUUGUCAGCACCAUCAAAAGAGUUAGAUCCAUGGUCAAUAACAUCCCACCACUGGACAUUGAAGUGGUUAAGGCCCUGGAGGAGAAACUAGAAAAGUGUGGCAAUCCUGAAUUAAAUCCAGACAGUGAAGAAUACAAGAGAAAACAGCAAGAAUUUCUGGAUGCAGAAGAUGAGGAUUUCUCACUAGGGAUCAGCAGUGCUCAGGACAAGAAAAGCCAACGACGUGAGGUAGAAUUACUAAUGAGUGUGUGACACAAGAUUGGCAAGUGGCUAGGAUGAGGAAAUUAACCAUGCAAGAUGCCACAAUCCUUCUAAUUGUCAGAAAUGAUCAGCAAGGUUGGAUGACUUUGAGGUGUGAGAUGAGCUGUAUAUGAAUGACAUGCACAAACCAUGACAGUCUUGUGCCCAACAAUUAGGCCAGCAGUUACUGCAUAUUGUUCCCAGACUAUAUUCUCUUCUUAGGGAGAGCAGCAGCACCAAAUAAUGCCUGCAGACCAUGCAACCCUCCUUGUUGACAGAGAUGGGUGGAGUGUGCAGUAAUUCCAGCCAAUGCGAGUACUAUGUGGACUACGUUUUGUCACUCCCUGAUUUUAAGGCUCUGCUGAGACGUGUGUGCUGCAGGGUUCUUUUCCUUCUGUUAAAACUGAGACUUUCUUUCUCCUUUCAUCCAAAUCUAAAGAAGAAAGCUUGGAGGAGAAAAAUAAUUAAAUAUCGCUUACAUAUGAAAUUCAGCUAGAGUGUGACUAUAUAUGAAUCCAUAUGUUAUCUGGCCAACCCUCACUAAAUUACCUACUUGCCUAUUUCAACCGUUUAUUUUUGUAUACUCCUGUACAUUUCUUUGGCAUUCCUUAUAUUGUCCCGUUUUCAGCCUCAAUCGGUAUUUCCAAGCAACAAUGAGUUGGAAGCACAGUGCCUACCAUUGUAAGCAGACAAGUGCUUUAGAACAUCAUAUUAUAUCCGACCCUUGUGUCAGUUUUGAUCUGAUAGCAUACCUUCACUAAGUGGUGUGCAUUGACUAUGAACCCAUAGACUUUAUUUGAGAAAGAGAAACGCUGUCCACAUGCAGGAUAUAGUUGGGCUAAUAAAUGGGGGCACGAAGAUUGAUUUCCGUCAUCAGUUCUUUUGUACCUUCCUCGACAUUCGUUUCUCAACCAUUUCAUUUUACACACUCUGUGAUGGGAUUUGGCAUUUGUAACAAAGUAGUGUUACUGUGGGAUAACAUUCUGUUCUUCAAAGCCAUAUCUCUGACCAUGAAUAUUAAUGAUUUAUAAAUACGCACCAUCCCGUGGCAUACUUUUCUGAGUGUUGCUCGACAUAUUAUAUUUAACUCAAGCCCAAAAUAUCAACUUUCUCUGUGGUCAAAGAUAAGUUUGCGAGAGUUUCAUUCUACUUUUCAGAUUUGUUCAAUUAUACUGAUCAAUGAACGUCUUGGCUCUCGCGUACAAAGUGCGCAAAUUUCGUUGUUUUACGCUUCUCUCUUUUUGUAUGGAAGUAUGUAUCGAUUGUACAGUUCAAAAGAAGUCAUAUUAUAAAGAAACUUUCAAAAUGUUAAAA